AUGGCAUCCAGUCAUCCUUCAGGCUUUCCCAACUCAAAUUGGACAGCCAAGCAGAAUAAAUUGUUUGAGAACACUAUUGCAAUAUAUGAUAAGGACACCCCUGACCGGUGGCACAACAUAGCCAAGGCCGUUGGUGGGAAAAGUGUGGAGGAAGUAAAGAUGCAAUAUGAGAUGCUUCUAAGCGACAUCAAAUGCAUUGAGUCGGGCAAAGUCCCCCUUCCUAAUUACAAGAGCAAUGCACGUAACAAGUAA